AUGCCCCCCUCUGCAGGGAGACUACGUUUGCUGCGGCGUCUUGCUUUUCAAUCAUUAAACCCACGAAAUAGAUCUUCUGCUGCAGCAGCAGCAGCAGGUGCAGCAGCAGCUGCAGCAGCUGCAGCAGCAGCAGCGCAUGCUCAAGAUCCAACUGCAGCAGCAGCAGCAGCAACAGCAGCAGCAGAAGCAGGAAUACCCCCAAAGCUGCUGCUUAGAAAAGACGCAGCUUGUCGUGCAGCAAGCACAACGCGUUUUAUAUCUUUAGGUUCGAUACAUCCUUCUUUAAUCAAACGCUACGUGCAGUACAAAGGCAAGCAGAAGGAGACGCAAGAAAUAUUUCUUUCUUCGCUAUCUUUAACCAAACAAAUACAGCAGCACCAGCAGCAGCAGCAGCAGCGACAGCAGCAGCAGCAGCAACAGCAGCAGCAGCAGCAGCAGCAGCAGGAAGAUCCAUAUGUGUUGGCGUCUUUAAAAAUCGCCGCCAGGCGUCAGCAAUAA